ACCAUAAGAAAGACAACCAACUCUAUCACUAAUUAAAAAAAAAAAAAAAAAAAAAAAAGGGAAAAAAAUGAAAAAUGCCUCUACGUAUUGAUAAUGGCUUAAAUUUGCUCUCUUUUACGGUUAAAACGCCCCUACUUUUACCACAGUUACAGUUAAAAACUUGUGCUCCUUUCCUGGGUCCAAUAGGUAGAAGGAGGAUAAACUUUAAACAAUUUUCAAUAAGUUAGGGACAUUUUUAACCCUUUUCUGCUACAAGAAUGAAACUAUAUGAUAAACAUGAAUCUUGUAAAGGCUUUUUUUAUUUAUUUUAAAAAAAAAUAUUAAAGAUCAGUAUCACUCUUUCAGCUCUGAUCAGCAACUUUUAUUAUGCAUUAGAUUGCUAUCUGUGGUGGGAACCACAAUUUUAUAAUGUGAAAUCCUUGUCCAAAUGUAAACUAAUGCACUCUAUCUGCAAAAGGGUCAACCUGUAAUUUGAUGAUGAAGUUCCGUCUUUCUUUUUUGGACCAUAUUUCUUGAAUCAACAAGGAAAAAAAAGGAGGAAAAUGGAAGGUCAAAGUUCAAGUCUACAAGCUCCAUUAGUGUCAAAUCAAGAAAGCAGCCAUGAUAAUAAAGAAGAACAUGAACAAGAUUAUGGAGGAGAGAUCAUUGAAGAAAUAAAGAGGCAACUAGGACUUGCUGUCCCUCUUAUAGCAGUCAAUGUUCUGCAGUACUGUUUGCAAGUUAUUAGCAUCAUGUUCGUCGGACACCUCGGUGAAUUGGCUCUCUCUGGUGCUUCCAUGGCUACUUCUUUUGCUUCAGUCACUGGAUUCAGUGUUUUGUUAGGAAUGGGAAGUGCACUGGAAACACUAUGUGGGCAAGCCUACGGAGCUAAACAAUACCACAUGCUUGGCAUUUUCACACAGAGAGCAAUGCUAGUUCUUCUUUCCUUGAGCAUUUUGCUCUUACUGAUAUGGUUCAACACCAGUACAAUUCUCAUCGCUUGUGGUCAAGACCGUGAUAUAUCUAUCGAAGCAGGACAAUUUAAUCGAUGGAUGAUUUCGGGCCUUUUUGCGUAUGGCAUCCUUCAAUGCCUCAACAGAUUUUUACAGACUCAGAAUAUAGUGAUGCCCAUGAUGUUGACCUCUGGUAUCACGGCUUUGUUCCACGUUCUUAUAUGUUGGCUUUUCGUGUUCAAGAUUGAUCUUGGAAGCAAGGGGGCUGCUUUGGCUAAUGCCAUUUCGUAUUGGGUUAACGUGUUUUUGUUAGCCGGUUAUGUUAAAGUUUCCCCGGCUUGUAGAAAAACUUGGACUGGUUUUUCGAAGGAAGCUUGGCAUGACGUUCUGGAUUUUAUCAAGCUCGCCAUUCCUUCUGCAAUUAUGAUUUGCUUUGAAUAUUGGUCAUUUGAGAUGGUUGUUCUUUUAUCUGGCCUUCUCCCUAAUCCUAAAUUAGAGACAUCAGUGUUAUCGAUAAGUCUUAAUACUUGUUGGAUGGUAUACAUGGUUUCAGUUGGACUUGGUGCUGCUAUAAGCACAAGAGUUUCAAAUGAGUUGGGGGCUGGUCGUCCACAAGGAGCACGAUUAGCUUUAUGUGUUGUUGCCAUAGUGGCCAUCACAGUAGGAUUGAUAAUCGCAACCACCACAAUUUUGGUUCGUUUUGCGUGGGGGAGGCUAUACAGCAACGAAGAAGAAGUGAUUAGAUACGUUGCCAAGAUUUUACCUCUGCUUGCUUUAUCUGAUUUCCUGGAUGGCUUCCAAUGUGUGCUUUCAGGGGCUGCUAGAGGAUGUGGAUGGCAAAAACUCCGUGCAUAUAUCAAUCUUGGUGCUUAUUAUGUUGUGGGGUUACCUUCUUCUGUUCUCUUUGCAUUUGUUUUCAAUACUGGAGGCAUGGUACAUCUCCAUUACUCCUUUAACAACCCCACCCCCAAACUACCCCUCAUCAAAUCUUAUCUUUCUGUCUUUGAUUUAUGUUCAUACUUUCAGGGACUAUGGAUGGGGAUCAUUUGUGCCCUGCUAGUGCAAAAUGUGGCACUAAUCGCGAUAAAUAUAUGCACUAAUUGGGACAAGGAGGCAAGAAAAGCUGUAAAUAGAGUUCCAAGGCUGUGGAUUAGUUGAGUGGCAUUUGGUGCUCCUAAUCCGACGAGGAAUAUUGUUUAUGUCAAGCUCAAAGUUGGAAAUACAUCUUGAAUUGUAUCAUGUAAAUUGCAUGAAAAUAAGCUUUUUUUUUUUUUUUUUUUUU